AUGACUCUAUUUCUUGUUAUGAAGAGAUACAAUUGCAAUUUAAAAGAAUAUUUGAAAAGAAUAGAUGUUUCUGGUCACACAGCAUUGCUACCGUUUACUCAGCUUUUGGAAGCUUUAGUACAUUUGCUUCAAAAUGAUAUUACUCAUCGGGAUUUACAGACUGACAGUAUUUUAUUAGAUUUCCAGUAUAGACCCUCCUCUCCUAGACUUGCAAUAACUGACUUUGGGUGCUGUCAUGAAGGCCUCUAUUUGGUUUACAAUUCAUAUGAUUCUGAGAAAGUUGGAAAUAUAGCAUUAAUGGCACACAAGUUGUAA